CUCCACUACAGACAACAUGAGGACUUCUCUGUGUCUCCUGACCACUCUUCUCCUCUGCUAUCACCAUGCCACUCAUGGAGUUUCUCUUCAAGCGCAGAAGGGGCCCAAUUGUAGAACCCGACCCACCGACAUACUGUUCAUCAUAGACAGCUCACGUAGUGUCCGCCCAUCUGAAUUUGAGCAAGUCAAGGUCUUCCUGUCCCAGGUCGUCGAGUCACUGGAUGUUGGAGCCAAUGCGACCAGAGUGGGGUUGGUCAACUAUGCCAGUACCGUCAAAAAUGAGUUUUCUCUCAAAACACACAAAGCAAAGCCAGCGCUUCUUCAAGCUGUGAAAAAAGUUCAGCCACUCUCAACUGGCACAAUGACAGGCCUUGCUAUUCAAUAUGCUAUCAACAUUGCCUUCACAGAGCCUGAGGGGGCCCGGCUAAAGUCCCCUGGCAUCAAUAAGGUUGCGAUCAUUGUUACAGAUGGCCGACCCCAGGACGCUGUGAAAGAUAUCUCUGCACGGGCAAGAGAAAGUGGAUUAGAAAUAUAUGCUAUUGGAGUAGGACGUGUGGAUAAGAACACCCUGCGUCAGAUUGCCAGUGAACCCUUAGAUGAACAUGUUGACUAUGUGGAAAGUUACAGUUUGAUUGAGAAGCUUAGCAAGAAAUUUCAGGAAGCAUUCUGUGUAACGGCUGACCUAUGUUCUACUGGAGAUCACGACUGUGAACAAAUCUGUGUCAGCACCCCAGGUUCCUACACUUGUGCCUGUAGGGAUGGUUUCACCCUAAAUGAAGAUGGCAAGACUUGCAAUGCCUGCGGAGCUUCUGCUGUUGACUUGGUUUUCCUUAUUGAUGGCUCUAAGAGUGUACGUCCUGAGAACUUUGAACUCGUCAAGCAGUUCAUCAACCAGAUUGUGGAGUCUAUGGAUGUAGGCGACCAUAGGGCUCAUGUUGGCUUAGUGCAAUAUUCCAGUUCAGUAAGGCAAGAGUUUCCCCUUGGCAGGUAUACUUCUAAAAAAGACAUUAAAUCUGCAGUAAAGAAAAUGUCCUACAUGGAAAAGGGUACCAUGACAGGUCAGGCCCUGCAGUAUCUUAUCGACAACAGUUUUGCCAUUUCCAGUGGAGGUAGACCAGCUGUACCCAAAGUUGGCAUUGUCUUUACUGAUGGGCGGUCCCAGGAUUACAUCAAUGAUGCUGCUCUCAGAGCCAAGGAGCUAGGUUACAAGAUGUUUGCUGUUGGCGUUGGCAAUGCUGUGGAAGAAGAGCUCAGAAUGAUUGCUUCUGAACCUGUGGUAGAGCAUUCCUUCUACACCGCAGAUUUUAAAGCAAUGAAGGAGAUUGGCAAGAAGCUUCAAAUGAAAAUUUGUGUGGAAGAAAACCCAUGCGAGUGUGAGUCCAUAGUCAAGUUCCAGACCAAGGUUGAAGAUCUCAUCCAGCAACUUACAAAAAAGAUUGAGGCAGUAUCCAAGAAACUUGCUGCUUUGGAAAACAAAAUCACAGUGUGAGCCUAUCAUGCCAUGUUGGAAUCUCCAGGACCAAAAAGAACCUUCUCAACUCAUCUCAACCUUUAUCGUCAUUUUGAGACUAUACCAGCAAGCAAGCAAUCCCUUUUGGCUACAUAAAACGUGCCUUGAAUAUCAAAAUGCUAACCCACCAUGUGGUAAAUGCAAAGUGUGAGAGACCUUCUACUUCCAGCUUUAAAAUGUCCCUGUUGGUGAAAGGACAUACUGCACCAUUAGGUGCUGUACUUCUUAGUGUGCAGUAAUACAUAUACUUUUAGAGAUACCCAUUCACAAACAUGCAUACAUAUAUUUGUGUAUCCAACAUAUAUAAAUAUGUAUAAGCAUGUAUUUAUAUGUAUAUAGAGACAUGUAUGUACAUACAUAAGUAAUUACACACAUACAGAUAUAUAGUACAUACAGCAUUUCUAAAAAAAAGAACCUUAAACAUAAUAUAUAUAUAUAUAUGUGUGUGUAUGUAUGCAGUAUCCUAAUGCAGAACUGGUUACACAAUACAAGAUAUUAUCUAGUGACAGAUUCAUAUAUUGCUUAUGGAUUAUUACUCCAGCCAACCUAUAAUGUAACCUGGGCAUAUCGACUGAGACUAAAGCCUUCUUCUUAAGGCAGGUGUGAAAUAAAAAUGCACGAUUAUUUAUUAGCGAAUACCCAUGUGUAGGUACUACAUUUGCACAUGUGAUGAAUGUAAUGGAAAAAAAAACUGUCUCCAGAAAAAAAAACAAUUUCUUAUAUUAUCAGUAUAAAUAAAAUAAAUGAUUUCCUUUUAGAAGAUGAAUUCUCAAAAUCCCACCGUAUCUUCUUGUACUGUGGUUUUCUAUAAUGCUCUUAAAAUGCUUUUUACUGCCCUUUUCUUUAAGUAUACAGAAUGGAAAGUGCUCAGUAGCUGUGAUAUCACUAUGAUGUCAUUAAUAUGAUGGUGUCAUUCUAUUUGAAAGCAUUCUACCCUCCCUUAAUGCAAAUAUAUCUAUGCAUGCAUAUCUGUGUAUAUAAAUAUAUUUGUUUGUGUCCCAGAAUGUUUCUGUGUGCAAAUAGCCCCUAAAAAGUAAUAUAUAAAAUUGUAUAUACAUUAAAUAUAUUUUAAUUUUUUUUAAUGCCUAUUUUUCCUCAAUUUGUGAAUCAUGUAUUCGCUUUUCAAUAAUUUAUUUUCAGAUUGAAUAAAAAAAAAAUAUCAGUU